UGUGCCGAGGGACUCUUUUAGGGUUGGAGGAGGGGUGUGAGUGCGCGGCAAACCGAGCGGGAAGAGGCAAAAAGGCUUAGGGCGCGCGCCGUGGCGGUUCCUGCUCUCAAAAUCGCGCGGCCUUUGGACCGCUGUUGCGCGAGGGGAAGGCGGGACGCAAGGUCGGUGCCAGGCCCAGACGAACUCCCCGGUCCCCACAGUCUACACUCGGGUCACCCUCCCUCUCCGCCCUCUCUCCCCGCUGCGGGGCGAGCCGCGCGUCGGUCUCUUGCUUAUGAAGCUUACAGCUGGAUUUGCUUUAUCCAAUUUGAGAGCAUCUAUUGUAAUAGCUCCCAGAACCAUUUUUGAGUAGUAGAGGUUACAAGUACUCUACCAAACAACCAGCUCCAAAUCCUGUCAUCAAAUCCUGUGCUUCUGUCCCAAGUGGUAAUUGAUGCAUAAUAUUCCUUUUACUUAAAAGAAAUGAGUGUAGCUGGUAUUGCAUUAAGAGCUGAAACCUGGCUUUCAGCUACGUGGCAUGUUAAAGUACCUCUAAUGUGGCUGGAAGCUUGUAUCAACUGGAUCCAAGAAGAAAAUAAUAAUGCUAAUUUGAGUCAGGCACAAAUGAAUAAACAAGUGUUUGAACAAUGGCUCCUCACUGAUCUGAGAGAUUUAGAGCACCCUCUUUUGCCUGAGGGCAUUUUAGAAGUUCCAAGAGGAGAACUGAAUGGAUUUUAUGCCCUGCAGAUUAAUUCAUUGGUUGAUGUAAGUCAGCCUGCUUAUUCCCAGAUACAGAAGUUGAGAGGAAAGAAUACAACAAAUGAUCAAGUAACAGCUGAAACACAAGUAACCCAAAAACCUUGGGAAGCAAAGCCUUCACGAAUGUUGAUGCUACAGUUAACUGAUGGGAUUGUACAAAUGCAGGGAAUGGAGUAUCAUUCUAUUCCAGCUCUUCAUAGUGACCUUUCUCCAGGUACAAAAAUUUUGAUUUAUGGGAACAUUUCUUUCCGUCUUGGUGUUCUCUUGUUGAAACCAGAAAAUGUUAAGGUGUUAGGAGGUGAAGUAGAUGCCCUUUUAGAAGAAUAUGCCCAGGAAAAAGUACUUGCAAGAUUAAUUGGGGAACAACCUGAUCCUUUAGUUUCAGACAUACCAAAUAAUUCUAACCAAAGCAUCCCCAGAAUUACAGAUGUUCUAGACCCUGCGUUAGAACCUUCUGAUGAAGAACUCUUAGCAAGUCUUAAUGAAAAUGAUGGGCUUGCAGCAGAUAAUGACACCUCUUUGGAAAGAUGUUUCAGCACAGGUAGCUCCUCAAAUACUGUUGCUACAAGAAAGUCAAGUUUUGAACCAGGAUUUAUGGUUUCUCCAAGACCAGAGGAAGAACCACCAAAUCAAUCUAUGCAUCUCAUUGAUGGAGAAUUAGAUGACUUUUCAUUGGAAGAGGUCUUGCUUUUAGAAGAAACUGUCCAGAAAGAACAAGUGGAGAUAAAAGAAUCACAGCUGUUAGCUUUGAACAGAAACACAGAUGAAAGUGUAGAGAGAAUUUCACAUAAAUCUAAUACUCUGGAUAAUUUUUCUUUGAUUUGCAAAAUUGAAAACAAUAAUUGGAAUGAAAAAAACUUAUCUGAACAAGUGACUAAUGAAGAGAAAUCUUUUGCUUGUCUAUCUGCUAGAGACAGUAACGUUUUUUCAAUUCAUCAUAAUGUACCCUUAUCCCCUGAUUUUACCAAUAAAAAUCAGAACUCAAAGACGGAUGAUAAAGUAAAACAAAGUAUCAGCAGUUCAAAUGGGCAUUCCUUAACUCAUAAAAUAUUAAAUAGAGAGCUGGUUAAUUAUGUUCCAAAAAGAACUUUACAAAUUUCUGAGGAAAAUGAACACCAUUUACAGACUUGUUCUUUAAAAUCAUCAGAGAAUAGCACUAAUCUUUCUAUCACAAUGGAUAUGUAUUCUCCACCGUUUAUCUAUUUGUCUGUUCUAAUGGCCAGCAAACCAAAGGAAGUUAUAACAGUGAAAGUCAAAGCAUUUAUUGUAACCUUAACUGGGAAUCUCUCAAGUUCUGGUGGCAUUUGGAGUAUAACUGCAAAGGUUUCUGAUGGUACUGCAUACCUAGAUGUAGACUUUAUAGAUGAGAUACUUACCAGCCUAAUAGGGUUUUCAGUACCAGAAAUGAAACAGUUGAAAAAGGACCCUUUUCAGUACCAAAAGUUCUUGGAAGGUUUGCAGAAAUGUCAGAGAGAUCUAAUAGAUUUGUGCUGUUUAAUGACUAUUUCAUUUAAUCCCUCCACGUCUAAAGCAAUGGUACUGGCAUUACAAGAUGUUAAUGUGGAUCACCUUGAGAACCUAAAGAAGCGAUUAAAUAAAUAAUUUACUAAAAUCAUAUUAGAGAACAAUUCAAAGCAACGAGGAAAUAUUUAGACUUGAAUUUGUCCUUUUGUUUUUGAAAUUUUCUUUUUGUAAAAAGGAAGAAUAAAAUUUCAUAACU